AUGGUGCUGUGGAUUUGGAUUUUAUCAUAUUUUAUUAUUUCAGUUACCGCUGUGGAUUUUUUAGUUCAAUUUCAACCAAAUUGGUCAUUUGAUAAUUUUUAUCAAAGAUAUUUUAAUAAAAAAACAAUUGAUGCUCAAGGUUUAAAAAAUUUAGGUAUAAAAACUUUUGAAAUGGGUAAAUUUCAAGGUUUAAUGGGUGAACUUGAUAUUGAAAUGGUUAGAAAAUUAUAUUAUGAUAAAGAUGUUGCAGCAAUUUCUAUUGAUAGAGAAUUAGUUUUAGCUGAUGUUCAAGAAAAUGCUCCAAAACAUUUAGCAAGAUUAUCUCAAAGACAACCAUUAAAACCUGAUCAAAAACAUUAUGAUUUUGUAUUUGAUCCAACUGGUGGUAUUGGUGUUGAUAUUUAUGUUUUAGAUUCUGGUAUAAAUUCUCAACAUAAAGAAUUUUCUAAAAGAGUAACAAAAAUCAUUGAUUUAACUGGUGAAAAAAUUGAUGAAGGUAGUAAUACUUCAAAUAAAUUAGAUGAUCCUGUUGGUCAUGGUUCAUUUAUAGCUGGUGUUAUUGCAUCUGAAACUUAUGGUGUUGCUAAAAAGGCAAAUUUAUUUGAUGUUAGAGUAACAAAUAAACAAAGUCGUACCAAAUUAUCAUCUGUUGUUAAUGCAUUAAAUUUAAUUUUACAAGAUUCCAAGAUAACUAAAAGACCCACAUUAGUUGUUAUACCAUUAGUUAUGAAGAAAAAUGCAAUCUUAAAUGGUGCAGUUGAAUCAUUAGUUAAACAAGGAAUCCCAGUUAUUGUUCCAGCUGGUAAUGAAGGUAAACAAGCAUGUAAUUUUUCUCCUGCAAGUGCUAAAGGUGCAUUAACUGUUGGUGCAAUUGAUGUUAAUGAUGAAGAUUCAAUUCCAAAAUUUAGUAAUUGGGGUGCAUGUGUUGAUGUAUUUGCACCUGGAGUUAAAGUUAAAACAACUGGUAAUAAAGAAAAUGAAAUUGUUUCUAAAACUGGUACAUCAUUAGCAACUGGUGUUACUGCAGGACUUGUUGGAUAUUUUAUGGGUAUGGGAGAUGAUGGUAAUCAAGCAAUUGAAAGAAUUGUUAAUUAUUCCACACCGGAUGUUAUUCCAAGUGAUAGUUUAGGAUUCAAACCAUUAACAGCUAAUAGAAUUUUGUUUAAUUGUGAAGGUCAACCAAAUUGGUAA